UCUAUAUAUAAUUGUGACGUAAUCACCCAGCGCCUCAGCUCCACAUGUCUUCCUGCUGAAGUUGAUGCUGCUCUCGCUAAGGGGUCACCAUGGCCAGGCAGUGGUCUGAGGGCCACUCCACCCCCAUCCUGUGCGUUGGAGCUUCUCCGGGUCCUGAGGGCCUCCUCGCUUCAGGCUCCGAGGGCGGAGAGGUGACCGUGUGGAGCCAGGAAGGGACCAUCAUCGGCAGGCUCACCCUCCCUGGUGAAGAGGACAGCACGAGUGUCGUGUUCUCACCUGCGGCUCCGUGUCAGCUGUACGUGUCUCACGGAGAUGCUGUGAGCGUCCUCGACCCCAGGAACCUGAGGGGCCCCGUGGAGGAGUUUCAGGGCGCGGGGGAAGAGGAGAUCAAUGCUUUAGCUUUAAAUGACACAGGCUCAGCCCUGGCGGUGGCCGAUGACUCUGGGGCAGUGCGGGUGCUGGAGCUUCCUGGGGGAAAAGUGUCCAGGACUCUUCGCAGACACACUAACAUCUGCUCGUCUGUGGCUUUCAGGCCUCACAGACCCAACAACCUGCUGUCUGCUGGACUGGACAUGCAGGUGAUGCUGUGGGGUCUGCAGAAGACUCGCCCUCUUUGGACACUCAACCUCCAGGACAUAGCAGAGGAUGAAGACGAUCACCAGCAGCGUCCUGGUCAGCUUUUUAACCCACCACUGGCUCACUGCGUCUCAGUGGCGAGCUGUGGGAACAUUGUGGGUUGUGCAGCAGAGGACGGUCGGGUGCACCUGAUGCGGAUCGGCAGCGGCUCUAAAUUGGAGCAGCAGGGCGCAGUGAAAGCCCACAGUCAGGGAGCCUCACAAGCCCACUUUGUUCAUUUACCCUCCCACCCGUACUGGCUCGUCACCGGGGGGAAUGACGGCCAAGUCGCCCUGUGGGAUCUCAGUAAGCACCCAGUCGUGGCUCCAGAGGGAAAAGCCCCACCUAGAGUGGCCCAACGCAGGAAGGGUAAGAACAAGACAAAGAGGAAAGAACCGUCGCAGGACAAAGCAGAGACGCCACUGAAGGCUGAAGCAGAGAAGGAAGAAGCUGAAGUGGAGGAAGAAGCUGCAGAGGAUGUGACCUACGACAAGUCUGGGCCCAAACUGAGCAUCAGUCACGGGGACAAGGUGAACUGGCUGUGCCCUGCGGUGCUGAAAGGAGAACAUUGUGUGGUUGUAGCUGAUCAGAGCUGCAGUCUGACUGUCUACCCUCUGUCUCAUCUUUAGAGUCGUGCACUUUACACCAUGUUCUUAAAGCUCUUGUUUUGGUCAUGGCUUUGCUUUAUUUUUAGUUUAUUUCUCAGAUUAUGUGUGUUGCUGUUAGGACCACUCACUCAGCUGCUGCACGUAAUGAGCCUUGUUAUAUUGGAGUAUUGGUAAAACAAGAUGUUAAUUAAGCUAUAAAAGUUUAUUUUGAUGAGUAAAGUUAUUAAAGAGCCAAUUAUCCCACUCAAAAUAAAACAAUCUAGUAACACAAAGGAUGAUGGUUUAUACAACUCGUCACAACUGUGACAAUGAGUUCUAAGCCGUGUCAGAAUUUAGGAAGACACCUAAUGGUAGGAUAAGAUUUGUCUGGUCUAAAUGAUCUGUGGCUUCUAAUUGUGAUGUCAGGUUCUUUCUCUCCUUUUAGUCUGAACUGAGGGCAAAAACCAGAUAUGACAGGUUGUCUUGGCAAAAUAUCCUGGACAUAAACUGUAAAGUAGUGGAUAGAAGAUAAAGCUGCUGUAGUGAGGUCCCAUCGAUACAGACUCGACCAAUCACAAGUCGUUUCACCCUAUUUUCAUAGCAUUAAAUAACUAAUUAAAAGCAAACUAUCAUUUAUCAAACCAUCUUUGAGAAAAAACAUUUUUACCUGUAUUUUGAUUUUUUUGUUUACUACAUGUCCCAUCCACUAAUAUGGAUGAGACAGGGUUUGUGACCAAUACGAUAGCCAGCCACCAGUGAGUGAUCAAGAUGCUUUGGCCUCACUGUUGGGUAGCCGACAUGUGGUUAAUCUUUAUAUACAGUCUAUGAAUUAAACGGUGAAGCACCAGUAUUGUAAGUAGAUAUUUACAGCAGAGAUCAAACCCCACAAACACACUAUUUAAUUUAAUCUGUAAUAGUUUUAAUGCUAUCUCCACUUGUUUGAUUUGGCGCAGAGGGGAUUCAGUGUGUGUGGUCCCAUAAAAGUGUUUGAAAUGUACUUUGUUGUGUGAAACUGGAUUCUUUAUAUUUUCUUUAAUGUUGGUGGUCUGUGAAAAUACCACAUUAGAUGAAAAGAAAUCUGCUUUUCAUGUUUUACCAAGUCUGAUGUGUUUUAUAGAAUUAAAAGAGGACGUGUCCCAAUCCUAACCGGGUGCCAUGCAGAAAAUAAAGCAGAGUGAAGUGAAA